GUGGGUAUAACAAUAGGCCACCAUAUUCUCUGUAUGUAUGUAGUUUUGUUUCUAAUUUACACCCACCAUUUCAUUCUCUUCUUUAUCUCAUCCUCUUUCGUAGUUUUCUGUUAAACGGGAAAGCAAUCUAUAGAGAGGUGAAAAACAAUAUUAUGAUCAAAUUUGGAAAUCAUAUCUAAGCUUUCUAGAUCCCUUGCUUCACUUGUUUCUCUUUCAAAGGCUGCAGAAGGACUAAGUGCCACUCAGCAAUUCCAUCUCAAACUUACUUGUGGAUUGUGAACAGGGUAUAACAUAUAGCCCUAAUGCAAGGGCAACGAAGAGCCAUCGGUUCCCUUUCAGAAACUUUAGACUUUGGCUCUGCUUCAAUUUCGGGUGAUGAUCAGCAGAUAUGUUGGAAUGCUAGGUUAUCUGAUUAUAUGGCAUCUUCUAACGAGUCUAAUAUUUCUUUUAAUCCUGCAAGCCAAGACAGACAGCACGUGAUGGGGUGGAGUUUAGGAGAAUCCAGCUCUACCAAUCAUCUUGGUCAGAGUGAACGAAAAACAGAUCAUGGAUGGUCAAGUGGCUGUCCUGGACCUUCUGAUGGGUCUUCCAACAUUCUUGCGUUGAGUAAUUUUGAAGUAAAUUUGAACAGUGUUCAGAUGGCUAACAGAAGUUCAUUUUCUCAAGGUUCUAGUUCAAACACCCUUCCUCAUGAUCUCAACACAGAUUCAGAAUUUGACGUACACCAUAGCGAUGAAGACGACUGUCAGAUAAUGGAAUGUACUCCAGCAUACAAGUCUGAUAGACGAGGAAAUGUGCGGAUGUCAACUGCUACUACUUCUUUUCAUCCUUUUGGUGCUGGGCCUUCUGGAACUAGCGUAUACUUGAUGGAUGAAAAUGAUGGCAGGCCGGGCUCUUCGUCUGAUGGCCGACGCUUGUCUUGCAAGAGAAAAACACUUGAAGGACAUGUGGGGCAGUCUUCAGGAAGUGGAAGAACAAAUUAUAUUCCACAUGCCGAAAACAGCUUAUGGCAUUCUCCACAUUAUAUGAUCACAGGUGCAAGUGUCUCUCUUCCAACAAAAAGCAUCAAUUUGUCAGAGCAGCGUAACCCAAGACCUGGGCUUCCAAUUGGAGGAGCCAUUUCAGAAAGUUCACUUGGUUUACCUGCAGAAAGUCCCCGUAGUACUUUCAGGCUGAGGGUUAAUGGCUCACGCCAACAAGAUUCCAUUCCUAGUAACCAGCUUCCUGCAGUGGGUAAUGUUGGAAAUGUUAAUGUGUCAUCUGACCGGCACCCAUCGAGGGUCUUUCAUAGUAAUUCUUUGAAUUUAAUGUCUAUGUCUGCAGCAGAUAAUGUAAGUCCUCAAGGCCAGCCUUCUGUGGUCCAUGUCCCUUCUCUGCGUCGAAGUGCACAGGCUAGGUGGGAUUUAGGACCUAACUCGAGAACUAGCAGUUCAUCAAGUUUUUCUGCCUCUGGGGAGACACACUCUCCACCAUAUCAAGAACCCCAUUCAAGAAACAUUUCACAACAUCCUAUGUUCAUACCUGCUACUGAUGUAAGAAAUUUGAACCAAAAUCCUGCCAACUGGAGUUUAGCUGGCGGAAACAUUUCAGUAGUUGGAAAUGUUGCAUCCACAUCUCGAAGUGGCUCGAGUUCACGUGCCCACUCGUCUUCUCCUGCUUGGAUUCCACACAGAAAUCUUCCACAGUAUCCCCGGCGACUGUCUGAAUUUGUUCGAAGGCCUUUGUUGUCUUCAGCGGACACUGAAUCUGGAGGUCGCAGUGGUAAUAGCCCUCCACUACGUUUGAUUUCUGCUGCCUCUCGGGCAUUGGAAAUUUCUGGCAAUCGUCAAUCAAGUUCAAGGUCCACAACUAUGUUGGAGAGACAUCUUGAUGGCAGUAUAGGAGUUCCUCAUUCUUGGAGGACUUUGACUGCUGCCGGUGAAGGAAGAAGCAGGCCAGUCUCUGAGCUUCGCAAUGUAUUGGAUCUUAUGCGCAGGGGAGAAGGCUUACGACUUGAGGAUGUUAUGAUCCUUGAUCAGUCAGUCUUCUUUGGGAUGGCGGAUAUUCAUGAUCACCAUAGGGAUAUGCGGGUUGAUGUUGACAACAUGUCAUAUGAGGAGUUACUGGCACUUGAAGAGCGCAUUGGGAACGUGUGCACUGGGCUGAGUGAAGAAACUAUUUUGAGGAGUUUGAAGCAACACAAAUAUAUUUGCAUUAAAAAAGAAGACCCCGUCGAAUCAGAGCCAUGCUGUAUAUGUCAAGAAGAAUAUAAUGAUGGAGAAGAUCUUGGUGCAUUGGAGUGUGGCCAUGAUUUUCACGCAGACUGCAUUAGACAAUGGCUCAAACAUAAGAAUUUAUGCCCCGUUUGCAAGACAACAGGGCUGAAUACCUGAGGCAGGCAUUGUACCUUAUUCCCCUAAUUAAGGAUCCGUGAUGCUUAACGAAGAUUUGGCGCCACAAAAGUGGAUCUCCUUUAUCCUCCAUGGCAUCAUCUGAGAAAGAUAUUUGUAUUUUUCUUGUUUAUUUUUGUUUCUGAUAUUCGUCUGGUGGAUUUAGCACUAGCAUCAUAGUCAUUCAUUUAGGUAAGAGUUGCGUCAUUGCUCAUUUAGAAUUUAUGGUUUGGCUACCAAUUUAUUGACACCAUUGAUAUUUACUUGGUCUCGCUUUCCUAACUCUUUCUUGUUUCCUAAAUGCAUUAUAGUAUGUAUGCAUAUGAUUGGAUUCGAGGUUCUAUAAACACUUCAGAAUUCUCCCAA